GUUAUCUGUCACUCCCAAAUCUCUUAUUAGGGGUUUAUGCAACUCAAGUGUUAGUUAGAGAUAGAUGCAAAAACCAGUCUAUUGUGAAAUUUCGUUUGUUCUUCGAGUUUUUCUUUUCUUUCUUCAAUGGAAUCUACUGAUGACGAUUUUGGCGAAGUGUACGUUGAUGACAAGGUUCAGGCGAGUGAUGCUUUCGCCGGCGAUGUAGGGUUCGUAAAAUCCUCUGAAGAAUGGGAGUGUGCUACGAAUUCCGGCGAGGAUAUGGGUUUCGAAGGUUCAUUAAAGCCUGAUUCGGAAGGUGAAAUCCAGAAAUCCGGUGUGGUGGCCAAGGGUUUGAGUCCGUGUGACGACGACGCUUGUGCUGUGAAUCUGACCGAGGAGUCGGAAUAUAGUGACAGUGAUAGUGACGACGAUUUGAAAAUAGUGCUGCAAGACGACGAUUCUAAGGCUGCUUGUGUGUUUAACACCAACAACGCUGCCAAUGCCGUCGAAGCAUCCAAAACUUGCUCCUUUCAGAGACGGUGGACUGGAUACGCUGCAGCUAACCAUGCUUCUAUCGAUCCUUCUUUAGGAAUGUCUCAAUGUGGAUAUAGUUUCUCAAACCUUUGGUCCAGGACACCUUUUGAUGUAAAUUACGAUGUGUUCGAGAAGAAGCCAUGGAGGAAUCAUGGUACGAAUACCAGUGACUUCUUUAAUUUUGGGCUUAACGAGCAAACCUGGAAAGAUUACUGUAAACCCUUGGGAAGAGCAAUUGAGGUUGGAGGUGGAACUCUUGAGCGAAUACCUUCUGUAGAUAUGCGUCGUCCACGUGAAUCAGACCCUGAUGUAGUGAUACAGAUCCCAGUCACUAAUGAUGUUGAGGAGAUAUCUAUCAUGACACCUGAGAAAGCAAGGUCUCUCAACAUAACAUCAAAUGAAGCAUCUAGAAGUGAGGGUUCGCAUAAGGAUUUGAACUCAGUCGAUGAUUCGCCAACAGAUGAAACUUUUGUGGGGUGUCAAGAUGAUAACGCUGGAAGUUUCAGUGGCGAGCAAUCUCCUCCAACAGAGAAUUGCUGCAGUAGGGAAUUAACACCAUUUGAUAAGGAAAUGGUUGAGGAUGAGAAAGAAGAGAGUUUUUCCAAUUCUGAUGAGCCAAAUCCAUCCUCAGUGGAGAAGGAAUCAUCUCUUGGAGAUCGCAUUCGUCUGAGCCCUACCUCUUCCUGUUCUAUUGGUAAAAAUGAGGAAUCUGAUGAUUAUGACACAGAGUCAUUGAAAGACAGUGCUACUGAUGAACAACGUGAAGUCAGUACCCCACCAAGACAACCUAGACUUGCAGAACAUGAAGAAAUUAGUAUCCAAAGAGGAGAAAGGAGUGGUACAAUGGAUUCCAGACACGGAAGAUCUCACGAAGAGUCGAGCAAAAAGCACUAUGGGAGAGCUGGCUAUGCUGAACAUGUGAGAAUAAAACACAGCAUUGUUAAGGAUGCAUCGCCUACUCCAGAUCCAGGUCGUGGCAGAAGAGUUCGUUCCCGACAUGAAAGUUUGUAUCAUGAUUCAAACAAAAACUGGCAGAAUGGACCACUUGUUACAUUAGAAAGGGAUGAGACUGAAGGUAAAGGCUUUCACUACUCAAAUAGAGAAAAACGUCAUGAUAGAUUGUAUCCAUCUGUGGAUCAUGCUCGGCAUAGAGAGCAGAGGUUUGGUUGGCGCAGCAACAACAAAGAAUCAUCACUGGGUCGAUGUUUUGAUCAUUCUAAUAGGUACAACUGUGAGACGCGUCAUACAAAGUAUACCUCAUAUUCAUCCUUCGAUCUUAAUCAGAGAAAUUCUAGAUCAAAUUUUAAAGAAGAGGAUGAUCGAUAUGGUUGGCAUCAAUGUGAAAGAAAAUAUGUGCAUGAAAGAAGUCCCGUCCGAGCCUACGAGAAUAACAAAGAAAGAAACGGGUAUGAUUGGCCAAGAGAGCCUUAUUAUGAGGACUUCAUACCAAGUACUGACAUGGACUAUAGGUACCAGUCAAAGUACCCUUCUGAAUAUGCAAUCCGUAACCUCAAACAAAAUCCCGAGAAUGAUCUUCAUUGCAGAAGAAGGGAUGAUUAUGAUUAUAAUCUGCAUCGUCAUAGAUUUGAAGAUGAAUGUCACAGGGAAAGUAGAAUUCCAUAUGACAGGGAGAUGCGUUCUUUUGCUGAAGUGGAAAGGAGAGAAUAUCAAGGGUAUAAAAGACAUGAGGAAUUAUCUGAAAUAGAGAAAAGACGACGUUACACUCAUGACUGGCAUCUUGAUAGAUUUGUCUCAGAGGAAGAUGGUUAUACAUGUAGAACCCAAGAUGCUUGGCCCUCACAGUCUUUAUCUUUGAGAGAUUCUUGGUAUACAAAUGAAGCAAAGGGUAAUUUCUGGAGAGAUGAGAUCAGAGACUUCAGAACAGUUGAGGCAUAUGAGAGCCAGAAUGACCAAUUUCAUAAGACUGCACCGAGAGAUGGUUGUACACAGAAUCGUGGCCGUAGCGAUAAUGUGAGCAUAAAAGAUAGACUGAAGUAUGAUGAUGGUUGGGUUUGUCCUGAUAGAGGGAGUUAUAAGUUGGCAGAUGACAUUCAAUAUUCAAUGACAGAAGUUACUCAUUCUGAGCAUCCAUCAUAUACUGAUGAGAUAUUACCCGGUGACAUAAGGAUACCAAGACAUAAUCGCAUGGCUAUCAAACAAAGGUCUGGAUACCUUAAGAGCCAUGAAUAUAUUCAUGGAAUUGAUGAAAGACAUCACAUAUCCAAAAGGCUGAGAGGAGAUGGGCAUGCUUUCAUCAAGCGUCAGGAUCCGGUAGACUUAGCUGGUAGGCAAGGAAAGGUCUCUAACCAAUCAAAAAGAGGAUUCUCCAAUGGCCAAGACAUGAUAGAACAACAGGAUCGUGAGAAAUCAGGAAAGAUAAUCUACAGAAGUGAAGAGAAAGCUGUGAAGAAUCAAUAUAUAAAUGAUAAAGAAGAAGGCGAGAUCAUAGAAGAAGAGAUGCAAGUGAAAGUUGUUGAAAUAGACAAGGAACGAAUACAAGAGAGUCUGAAGAAGAUGGAGAAACGGAGAGAGAGGUUCAAGGAAACCAAACUGGCCAGGACUGUAGAAGCCACAUUCGAAUCUCAAACCGAACCGAGUAAUCAACAGAGACCGGCUAGAAAGAGGCGAUGGUGUGCAAGUUAAAAGAUACUGUAUGAUGAUUGACUUCCCUGUUUCAGGUUAACACAGUAACGGUUUAUGGAUGGUAGGCUACAGAUAUAUAAACCGAUCAAUUAAAGUGGCUGUUCUAUUUCUAUAACAAAAGUCACGAAACCGAACAGUUGGCUGUGACCUGGUUUUUGGUUUUCAAGUGAUAAUCUUGCUUGUGGUUUUGUUUUUGACUAUAAUUUUUAACUAGAAGAUUUGACUCUGACCAA